GUUAAAAACAGACUACAGAAAUAUAUGAAAAAACACUAGAUUCCCUCACCCAAUCAAUACGGAUUCCAACCAAGGAAAAGCACACAAGAUGCCAUUCACAGACUGAUAACACUCAUACAGAGUAACACUGAUAAAGGCGAAAAAGUGAUGGCAACUUACCUGGACCUCGCUAAAGCCAACGACACAAUACGGCACGAACAACUGGUUAACAAACUCGAAACUAUUAGAAUACAAGAAACAGCACAACAAUGGUUCCGAAGCUACCUUACAGUGAGAACACAACGAACGAAAAUUGGAAGCACAUGCAACCAAAAAGCGACGAUACACUGUGGAAUCCUACAAGGAACUAUACUCUCAGCAUUACUUUUUAAUAUCUACGCCAAUGACAUCAUAUCUCUAAGCCUUGACUCGACAAUAAUUGCCCAUGCAGACGACACAGUACUAGUAACAAUUACAAACACAUGGGAAGAAACCUACGAGAUAGCAGCAAUGGACCUGAAGACAAUACAUAACCACCUAGAAUACCACUGGCUAACGCUGAACACUAAAAAAACAACAUACACAACGUACAAAGCAACCUCAAACGAAAAACUCCAAAUACAAAGUAUACACAUGAAAAUACAUAGAUGUCAGCGUGCCAGAGAACGGUACCAAUGUGACGAUUCAUCCAAAAACAAAAUACAAAAAUAUUCGGGAAUAAUAAUAGAUGAACAACUGAAAUGGAAAGAACACAUUGAACUAACUGUGAAAAAACUAAGGAAACUCAUGCACCCUCUCUACAACCUAAGUCAAAUCGUCGAAACACAGCCGAUGAAAGCAGUAUACUUCGCUUUAGCGCAUUCGAUUAUUUAAUACGGGAUCACAGCAUGGGACAGCGCCUACCAAAAAACAAUAAAUCCAUUCCACCAAACGCAGAAAUCAACCAUCAAAAUUGUGCUACAGAAACCAAGAAACUACCCUACAGAACAACUAUACAAAGAAAGUCAAAUCCUUGACCCAAGACAGCAAUAUCUGAGGAACAUCAUUAUCAGUCUCCAUAAAAGCCCGAUUGAAAUAGCACUGCGACAACAACGGCAUUCAUACGACACCAGAGCAAAACACCUGGGAAAACUUGAAAUCAGGAAAUGCACACCAAACAUGGACAACAAAUGGAGGAGUACAUUGCAAACAAAGCAUGCAAAAGACUACCUUCAACAACGAAAAAAAUUACGGUGUAUUCCUUCAAGAAAACAAUCACAUCAUGGAUACUACAGACAAGCAGAACACUGUACGAAGAGUUGACUAACACAAGUAUAUAGGCUACAUAUAACAAGAAACACUUGAACAAUAACAUGGUUUAUCAAAUCUAGCAAAUGUGACAUACAGUAGAAUGUAGAUACACAUCACACACCACGCCUUGGACAAUACACAAUUGAACGUACAAACACCCUACAACCCUGCGCAUGACAGGGACAAAUCACACUAAAAUACAGAUGUAAAU